ACCUCAAACUCCCCUGUUGAAACCGGGAUUAGAGCUUGUGAGGGUUAGCAUUAAAUGCUAACGCGUCAAAAAAAGAAAAUGCAGUCCAUUUUAAUUAACGUUUCUUUGUUUUUAAUUUUGUUCGCGUCGCAUUUCGGAGGAGUUUCCACAGAAGGGAACGGAAAAGGAUUUGGGGACCACAUCCACUGGAGAAGCCUGGAAGAUGGGAAGAAAGAGGCAGAAGCAAGUGGACUCCCGGUAAUGGUCAUCAUUCAUAAGACCUGGUGUGGGGCCUGCAAAGCGCUGAAGCCCAAGUUCUCCGAGUCGAAGGAGAUCUCUGAGCUGGCUCACAACUUCAUCAUGGUGAACUUGGAGGAUGAAGAAGAGCCAAAAGAUGAAGCCUUCAGCCCUGAUGGAGGCUACAUUCCCAGGAUACUCUUUUUAGAUCCCAGUGGUAAAGUCCGUCCUGAGAUCACCAACAAGAACGGAAACCCAAACUACAAGUUUUUCUACAGUAACGCCGAUCAAGUCGUGAGCAGUAUGAAGGAGGCUCAGGAGAAGCUGACCGGAGAUGCGUUCAGGCAGUCACACCUGGGCGAUGAACUGUGAUGGUAACUAGCUCACGGCUGGUCCAACACACUCACUACUGCACCGUUUGGGUUCAGCCCACAAACUUCCAAAACCCCAUCUAUGCUGCACUGAAAUUGCUCGUUUGCUUUUAUGCCAUUUUUACAAAGCGGAUUAGUUCAGUGUCUGUUUAGUCAAGGGUGUGAUUUAUUUAAAAAAAAAAGGUAUAUGUAUAGACCCCUUCGCAUGUUUGUAAAAAAACGACCGUUGCCAGGAUACGCGCGCAGCCUAUAGACCGGCAUUAUGAGCUGUCAGAUUAUGCAGGGAUGUGAUUUUUCCGCGGAAUUCCGCUUUUUUCACCUCAAAACUUGGGAAAAAAAAAUGUUUCCGAUUUUCCCCUCAAAUCCACAUUCGUAUCCUAUUCGUUCUGACUUUGUUUGAAAGAUGGCAGCCUCGGAUUUGCAUCUUUACACCUCGAUCACGGAGGCUGCCAUCUUUCAACUCUUUGUUUGAAGCGAGCGCAUUCAUUGGUUGUUACAGAGCGAUGGGCCAAUCCUGUACCUCGUUUCAUCUCAUUUACGCAAUUACGUCAUUGAGAUGAAACGAGGUACGUGAUUGGCCCAUCGCUCUGUAACAACCAAUGAACGCGCUUGUUAGAUAGCUGUACGUAAGCUCGCUUCAAACAGAGUUGAAAGAUGGCAGCCUCCGUGAUCGAGCGUAAAGUGCGCGCGCGCGAGUGAGAGUAUGUGUGUUGACCAUUAAAUUGGCUUGAAUUUGUUUAUCAUGACAAGUUUUUUCUUGUGUGUUUGCUUGCCAUUUUACAAUUUUUAAGUCAGAAAACCCCAAAACCCAGGAGCUUCCCCCCUUGUCCCCCCACCAGGGUGCUGCCCUGGACCAGCCUGUGGCCUGUGGCCCCCAGACCCCCGGCUAAAAUUUUCAGAUAAUUUCACCAGCCCCAAAUCACAUCCCUGAUUAUGCCAAACAAUUGUCGUUACAAGAUCGAGAAUGCUACAUAAAUAAGUUAACUCUAACAAGUGGACAUCGCCUACCGGAUCCGCAUUUAAUUAAAGAGUGGACGGACGAUGUUAGUAAGUUCCCUGGUAUACAACGGCCAGAUAUACAGUACAGUUGUGCUCAAAAUAAUAGCAGCGUCUUUAAAAAGGCGAGUAAAUGUCAAAAUUCUUCAAAUAAAUUGUACUUUAAUGAACACAAAUGCAUUGGGCAUACUGCACAUUCUAUUUCCAAGCAAGAAAAUUGGAAAAAGUAAUUACAUUUCAUUAGGCAGCUGGGCCAUAGAAGGUUCACGCUGCAUGCUGCACACUACACGCUACACGCGUGUGAAGAAAAGUGGACAAACGUAGCAUGACUUGCUCUGGGCCAUAGAACGGCGUUCACGUUGCAUGCUGCACACUUGAAGCGUGAAAUGAACAUGCACACUUUUUUCUAGGCGUGAAGAUGGAAAUUCCAGUCAAUGCAUGCGGUCACCGCCGCACCAGCCAAUCAGAACGGGUCUAGGGAGAUAACUCUAUGCUUUCAGGGGAAAACUUCAGAAAAAAUAUAAUUGAAUGGUAUAAUUGAAAAAUAGUUCUUCAUCGGGAUUGUCAAGUAGAUUAUAGAAUGCUCGGUGAAAUUCACCACGGGCUUCUCUCAGAAGGAAGUGUUCUCGGCUCCAAAUUCUGUUCCUUUUUCUCUUCCUCUGUCUCAGUAAAAGCAGAAUGAGGCAAUCGUCGUCAUCCGAAGAGUCCAUAUUGUUGGUUACUCGGUCAAAGUAGAACAGACGCAACAUGUGAACAUCCAAGCAUGAAGUUUAAUGGCCCAGGGUCCGGUUCUUCACGUGAACGUGUAGCGUGCAGCAUGCAGCGUGCAGCGUGAACCUUCUAUGGCCCAGCUGCCUAAUAUUUCACAGAAAGUCAAGAAAUGUAACGUUCAAAAAAAUAGCAGUGUUGACGUCUUUCUUUGGAAACUCAAAAAUGUACCAUACAAACUAAAAUUCUUGAAAAUUCAACUUUGCCGAGUGUCCUAAACUAAUAUUUUGUUGCAUAACCAUGGUUUCUGAUAACUGCUUCGCAUCUGUGGUGCAUGGAGUCGACCAACUUCUGGCAACGGUCAACAGGUAUUGCAGCCCAGGUCAACUGUACUACGUUCCACAAUUCCUCUGCAUUUCUUACGUCAGCCCACUCCAUUAGUUGGAUGCUGUUUGUCUGGAACCAUGAUUUUGCUCGCUUGCUGGUGUGUUUGGGGUCGUUGUCUUGUUGAAACACCCACUUCAAAGGCAUUUCCUCUUCAGCAUAUGGCAACAUGACUUCUUCCAGUAUCCUGAUGUACUCAAACUGAUCCAUGAUCCCUGGUACGCGGUAAAUAGGACCAACACCGUAGUAUGAAAAACAUCCCCAUAUCAUGAUGCUUGCACCACCAUGCUUAACAGUCUUCACUGUGUACUGUGGCUUGAAUUCUGUGUUUGCAGGACGUCUGACAAACUGUCUGUGACCCUUAGACCCAUCUUACUUUCAUCUGUCCACAAAAUAUUACGCCAUUUCUUGUCAGGCCAGUCAACGUGUUCUUUGGCAAAUGGUAGCCGCUUCAGCCCAUGUCUUUUCUUUAACAAUGGGACUUUGCGGGGGCUUCUUGCUGGUAGGUCGGCUUCACAUAGACGUCGUCUGAUUGUACCAGUACUCACAGGCAAGUUUAGAUCUUCUUCGAUCCUCCUGGAGCUGAUCAUUGGCUGAGCCUUUGCCAGUUUGGUUAUUCUCCGAUCCAUUCGAGAAGUUGUCUUUCUGGUUUUGGCUGCCAUUUUAAAGCGUUUGAUAUCAUUUUAGCUGAACAGCCUAUAAGUUUCUGCACUUCUUUGUAGGUUUUCCCCUCUUUUAUCCAGUUCUUGAUUAAAAGCCGCCCUUCAUCAGAACAGUGUCUUGAACGACCCGUUUUACUUGGUUUUUCAGGACCAAUGCAGGACAGCCAGCAUAUGCAAUGUCAGUUGCCUUGAUCCUUAAAUAAGGACCACCUGUUAACACCUUUUUUUUUUUCACAAAAUCAGUGCCCUCCCUAAUUGAACUCACCACUUUCAGCUAAUCAUUCAAUUUCACAGAAUCGGUAGCAUGCACGGCCGGCCUGUUGGUUUUCUAUACCUUUACACUGCAAGCAAGUUUCUGGAGGGUAUAGUAAAGGUUGAAAUUUUAACAAAAACAGUGACUUAUCUUGCUACUGUUGAGGGACUGCUAUUAUUUUGAACGUAACUGUAUACUCGCACCUUAUUGACAAGUCUUUAGACGCAUAUGAUUAUGUGCGGGCAUGUACAGAACGUGUUUUACACUGAAAUUGUUUUAAUCAAAUUAUGCCAGUGAUGUGAUGACAAUGUGGCUUUAGCUACAACAGCAAAUACCAACACUAAACAGCUUCCUGCAGUUAGCCAGGUACUCUGCGCUACAAAACCAAAAAGCAUGCAGCAUGCUCUGUUAUAAUAGCCAAUCAAAACAGUUUUUACAAAGACACCCACAUUCUUUUUUUUUAAGUCACUCGUUCAUUUUAUUUGUUUGUUCAGUAAAACCCCAAACAUUUGUUGAAUUUAUUUUAUUUCCUCGCGUUGCACCUUAAUGACGUCAGCGCGCAGUAUUUUUCCCUUCGCGGUUUGUUCCUUCUCUCUCGCCAUAGUAAGACACCCACAUCCGCUUGUUCUGACCCACUGGAGGUAGCACGUUUGCAUGUCAUGAAUAUUAAUGACAAGACCCGCCCCCACCCUCUACCCUUCCCCGCCUCCUGCUUCUCAUUAGCAAAACGACGCGCUGGGAAAAGCGCUGAAAUGGGGCUUUCUCCCAGGAGGCUAUAUCUACGGGCCGAGGGUUCAUUUUGAGAAAGGCUGCGGAUAUAACAUCCGGAAACCACCAUGCCAUGGGUCCUUUAAAAUUGUGAUUUUCGGCAUACACAAAUAAAUAAUGAUGGCACAAAAUCUGGACUGCUUGAGUCAAGCGAGAGCUCUCCUACAAACAAAACUGCAUGCAAAGCUAAGUUAACAUGCUAACAAUAUUCAUUACAUUGUGUAACUAUGACCCAGACAAACAGCCUGAUCUUACCUGUGAUGAAGUGGGCGCUGCAAACCCGCGCAUUUUUGAUAGUGCUUUCAUCCCAGUCUACACGUUUGAUGGCUUAUAGACGUUGGCGAUUUUUUUUUUUUUUUUUGGAAUGGGUGAGAUCCUGCUGGAAUUCUGUACAUUUUAACCCCAUCACUGCUACGAUUCUGACACCCGACAACACAACUAGGCAUUUCUGAGUCUUUUUUUUGGGUCCAGGCUGCGCACGCAAUUUCCUCUUACGUAUGAAUGACGUUUACUGCGAAGGGGUCUAUAGGCUUUGUUCUUUUCUCAUCAAGAUAUUAAUCACACAGAGCAAUACAUUCACAUCGCUCUGACUCCAGGUACAAUAUGGGAUAUCACGUGCUUCCAGGCCACAACAAAGGGCCUUAUAAACCUUCUAGUGUAGACGGAUCCCAAACGUUUAUAUCUCUCAUCAUCAUGUCCUAAAAUGUAUUUGCCUCAUGGGACUUUUCCUGGUGAAAUGCUUUUAAAUGGAAACAGGAAGUGACGAGUUGUUUAAUAUACGUUUGCCAUAUUGUAUUUUCUACCUGGCUGUGUACAAUUAAAGUUGGUACUUGAUUAAUGUU